GACAGAUAAACACCUCUAGUCUUCAUCAGGUUUUAUGGGCGUGGUUUGUUGCAUUAAGCUUUCAUACAAGAAGCAUUGUCGCACAUGGACCUUUUUACCUUCCUUUCUGUAGUUCGCUAUCAGUGCAUCUGCUCUUUACAAUCCAAACAUGGGAACCACAAUAUUUAAAUAUGCCUUUAUGCCUGAACAGACCAAAACCUACCACAACGAUGAGGAGAUGAGGAUCGUGAUGGUGGGGAAGACCGGAGCUGGGAAGAGCUCCGCAGGAAACACCAUCCUUGGAAAAGAGUACUUUAAAUCAGAGUGUUCCCCUAAAUCUUUGACAAAACACUGUAAAAAGGUCUUUGGUGAAUUGGAUGGACAAAAUAUUGCUGUUGUUGACACUCCGGGGCUGUUUGACACCAACACUGUUGAAAAGGAAACCAUUAAUAAUAUCGUCCAGAGCAUUACUUAUGCUUCCCCCGGACCUCACAUCUUCCUGGUCGUCAUUAAACUGGUUAGAUUCACAGAGGAAGAAAAGAAGACGGUGGAGAAGAUUCAGAAAGUCUUUGGAGAGGAAGCAAACAGAUACAGCAUGGUUCUCUUUACCCAUGGUGACCAGCUCAAAGGGAAACCUAUUGAGGAGUACUUGAAGGAAAGUGAAGAGCUGCAGGAACUUGUGGCCAAAUGUAACGGCCAGUACCACGUCUUCAAUAAUGUGUCAAAGGAUCGUUCUCAGGUCAGGAAGCUGCUCGACAAGAUCAGAAACAUAACAGCAAAGAACGGAGGAAGUUAUUACACCACUGAAAUGUUCCAGGAGACAGAGAGGGCGAUAGAAGAGGAGAAACAACGAAUCCUUAAAGAGAACCAAGAGAAAAUGCGCAAAGAGGUGGAGGAGCUGCGGAAGAAAACAGAGAAAAGGUAUGAGCAACAAAUGAGGGAAGCGCAGGACCGGGAGAGGGAGAAUAAUUUAAGGGCGGCUCGUGAAAGAGAAAUGGAAGAGGAAAUAAAGAAACUGAAGGAAAUGCAGGAGAAGCGGGCUAGAGAUGAAGCUGAGAACAGCAGUUCAUUGCUUGGAAAAUUGAAUAACAUUUUUGUACCAAUAUUGAUGGUUGCUCUUGCUAUUCUGAAAUCACUCUUCUAGCUGUUGUGACCAGCUCUGGAAAUUCACCAUUUCGGGGGCAAGGCCACUUCAGGUUUUAUGUUUUCAAUUUUUUGAGACAAAGGACAAACGACGUUUGUGAAAUAAGGCAGUUAAAUAAAACAAUAAUUGCAAGUUCACUGAAAUAAUAAUUGAAGUUGAAGGUUAAGGGUCAUUUUUAAUACAUACUAUAACUAUUUCUGGGGAAUAGGGGAAGUUAUUAUUAAAAAAUGACCUAUCUUUCUCUCGUUUUAAUUAGAAUCCCUUAGUCAGUUUAACUGAUUGUGUAAAUAUUAGCAAGCUACACAGAAUUCUGUGAAAUAUAAAAGGCAAAUUUAUAAUCUUAAUUUUACAUUAUCUUUGAAUGAUGCGUUUCAUCAUUAUUUUUAUUAACAUUUGAGUAUCAGCUCCCUGUUAAUGACAAUUUAACUUGAUUCUGAAAUGUGGAGCAAUUUGUAAAGUCAGUUUAAAAAUAUACUUAAUCCUUAUCCUCCAUUGACCAUCCUUCUGAUGUUUAAUAAAUUAAAUCCUUAAUUAAAAAUUUUAGAAACGUGAAGAAUUAGUGGUAGGGGUGCCACCGAUUGUCUGUAAGUGGUGGUUGCACAUUAUGGUCACACACCUAUGUGACUUUAUUGCUGUAUUUCUCUUUGGCAGAGUGUGCAAAUAAAUCUAUAUGAAAACUGAAUUUAAGGGUAUUUCUACAUCCAUUCAUGGCAAACUAUGGGAGUGGAAAUGAGGCUUAUGUGUGUGUGUGCAUAGAUUUAGAAAACAGAAUGAGACAUACAUUACAUGCUGUCAAAAAUAAUGCAUAUUUGUGUCUUUGUCUCAAAAAAGCCACUAAACAUACAAAUAUUUACAGAAAAGAGGCAGAGAAGAUAACAACAAAAUUAGCUCGAGCAGUGCGUACAGGGCAUCGAGGCCACUGUGGCCUGUUGGAAUUUAAAAUGUUAUAUGUGUUUAAACAUUGUGUGUUAUUUGCAAUAUAUUCUAUGUAAUAAAAAGGAUUCACACAUCAACAUCUGAGAUUCUGACUAAUAAUUGAGUGACCCCUGAGACCGGAGCAGG